GCUUUUACUGUAUGAGUAUAGAAAUGGGUACCCAGCCCCCAGCUUACCUCUACACCAAGAUUACCAAGCCAAGAUCAGUGGCCUGCUUAUUUCCAGAAGCAAUUACACCCUUUAUAUAAUGGGAUUCUGUUUCUAGUCCAGUACGGUAAUCUAUGCUUGUGCAUUUUUAUUAAUUUUUAAUUGCCUUCUUCCUCCCUUUCCCCAUCCCUUGGGCCUGUGUUUGUUUAUAGACCUACUUAGUUGUGACUGUUUCCUAGCGGUGUUUUCAGGUAUCUCCACUGUCUUGAGGAUAUUACUGGGUAAUGUCUUAGUAACAGCAAGUGGGGUAUUAAGGAGAAAAGGUUUUUGACAAAACUCACUGUAAAAGAACUGGCAAGUAGCCAGCCAAGGACUAGAGGAGAAAUCGCGGUUCAUGUAUGAAUCUAUCCAAGAAUGAUUGUCUCAAGCACUGUUAGAGACUUGAUCAGAAAGCGGAAACUUCCCUUAAAGCUGGGCGUGGCUGGCUGUACCUGCUUGCUACCUCAGCACACUUGGGAGGUAAGUCAUGAGGACCAGGACCUCAAGGCUGCCCUUGAGGAAAUUGCCCCUGUGUAGGAAAUUCAAGACCACCUGGUUGAAGACCCAGCCUGAAAAAAAAGCGGCAGAAAAGUCUUCCCUUUCUGUCCUCCUGUUUCCUCCUCUGCCCCUGGAGCCCUGUGAGUUUCUUGUCCUCAGCUUUGUUGUCUGUGGAGUUGCAGACUGAUUGGAAGUAAGAGUUCUGUUGUCCUGUCACACAUGUCGUUAGAGAGUGAUAAAUCAGAUAAACGUGCAGGAGAUGCCAAAGGCAGAAGUAAUAAAGCUGCCCCAAAGUGGGUGAAGGGGAACAAGAGGUUCAACUUCAUGGAGCUUUUUCGUUUACUUUGUUAGUGAACUAGAAUUAAUAGACUGUGGAAAAAGACCUUGUCACCAAUGAUAAUUCUCCCUGAAGGUUGACAGUGACAUGUUGGUUCUCCCUGUGGGUGACCUCAGCAUAGUGAGGCCCUAGCCUCUGGGGACUUUGGUUUUCCUCUGUAAAUAAGGAAAUCUAUACGGUUGCCUGGAUUAGAAAUGUGUUUCUUUCUGCAGUUGGGCUGCAAUCCCGUGGGAAUGCAUGUGUGGGUUGUUGAGCGAACAGUUGAGUGCAGUUGUACCUGGUGCUGUAUCUGAUUGCCUUUUCUGUCUCGGACAGGUUGGUUGCAGGGCAGGAGAGCCUGGGUUGUGGUACUGUUCCCUUCUGUCAGGUUCUGCUGCUGGACGGAGCGGAGGGCUAAAAGUUCUAACAGGAUUGCAUGAACAUGUUUGUGGCAGGGCUAGUUUGAGCCUUUGCCAAUCUUUCAUUCUGUAGUGGGAAUAAGUAACUAAUCAAGAGUAACUCGUGAGUCAUAAAACACCCAGGGGAUUCCAGCCAUGGCCUCAAUGGUGCUUGCUACCAGACCAGCAUUGCUUCAGUACCUCGUUGACCAUUUGCUAUGGGUCAUUUCUUUCUCAAUUUGAUUUUUUUUUCUUUUUUGCUUUUGUUUUAUAAAAAUCUCAGUCCUUGGUUUUUCUGAGAAUUGUUUUAUGCCCCUUCAAAUAUCAACAAAUGCUGGGAUUUCAAGACUGCUCUUCUGUCCUCUUUGAUGUUGAUGGUGGUAGACAGCACAGGAGCACAGACUCUAGGUCAGGUUCAAAGGUCAAAGCUCAAUCCUACUGGGAUUAGCUCCCCACAGUUUAGUUGCUUUACACUUGGGAGCUGGUUGUGAAAGGUGAAUGACAUGAGGAUAUCUGGACAGAAUACUGGGCAAAGGACAGAGCAGGAAACUCGGGAAAGAAGCCCAUGAGAAGAUGAUCAAUGAGAAAACCAAGACAUGUUCUUUUCUGGUGGAGUGAAGAAGAACGUCCGAGGGAGGUCAGAGGAUGACCUUGUGUUUCUGGGUAUACAGUGGCAGAGGCCAGUCUGACCUCUCUCUGGUGGGUGAGGUCACAGUACUUCCAUGCUAAAUGACUUUGAAAGCAUGUGUCGUCUUUGCCAUUUUACUAAAAUAUUCAGAUGCUUGGAAAAGUUAGGUGGCACACUGUCACGUUUUCAGUUAGAGGGGUUGACAGGAGAGAAACAGUCCUGUGUCGUCUGAGAUAUGCAGAGCCUGGCGGAGGCAAACCAUCUGUGCUUUCCAGAAGACAUGCCUCAGUGAACCCCAAAGCCAACUGCAGUUUUUUAAAAAAAGAAAGUAAUAAUUAUCUUUAUCUGUUUAUUUUGUAUACACUUUCAGCUAAUGCUACAGGGGAAAAUGUUAGAAACCAUCCCUAUGGUAGAGCUAGGCAGAGAUAGUAAUGCAUCCAAUGCUUUAAGCAGGGGCAAAGACAAUGAAACAUUGUAACUGUACCUGCAUGCCAACUGCAUUUAUAUUCACCAUAGACUGUUUCUUGUUUGUAUGUGAUGCAGCCGAUCUGUUUUCACUUUUAAGCAGAGGUGUGAAAGAAAACAUGUAAUCUGUCUGGCAGCCCAGCCCAACACCAGCAGUCAGUUUCUAACUAGGAGAACCCCUGCAUCCACCAGCCCCAUGCACUCCUGUCCUGGUGGCUCCAGAGCCAUCUGUCUGCACUUGCUUUGCCUUCCCACCCUAAUUCUUGUGCACCCUGCCACUCGCCGCCAUACUUCCAAAAUUAGCCCUGCUACACAACCCCCUCAGGUCCUGUCUUGGUCCCUGCUGUCAGUUAAAGCUGUGCCAUUUAUUGCCUCUGCUUAUUUCAGUGGGGGCUCUUCUUUGGUGACCUCUCCCCUUAACUCCAGGUUAAAGGGACAAUAGUAUGGUUAGAGGUGCCUUUGGGUUGAUGGCACAGAGACUGUCAGCUUGCACUGGUUCAUUGGCUACUUACCGCGUCUGCUGCAGAUGCACCUGCUGUUGCCUGCCUCUGAAAAUGGAUCUGGGCCGUUAGCUAUUUCCCUUCACUCUCUGUAAGUUGAAGGCUCCUGUCCUGCUGGUAUGAGAGAUGAGUGUGGGGCGUCGAAGAGUCAAGUUGCUGGGCAUCCUGAUGAUGGCAAAUGUCUUCAUUUAUUUGAUUGUGGAAGUCUCCAAAAACAGUAGCCAAGACAAAAAUGGAAAGGGAGGAGUAAUAAUCCCGAAAGAGAAGUUCUGGAAGCUACCCAGCACUCCCCGGGCAUAUUGGAACAGGGAACAGGAGAAGCUGAACAGGUGGUACAAUCCCAUCUUGAACAGGGUGGCCAAUCAGACAGGGGAGCUAUCCACCUCUCCAAACACAAGUCACCUGAGCUACUGUGAGCCAGACUCGACGGUCAUGACAGCUGUGACAGAUUUUAAUAAUCUGCCGGACAGAUUUAAAGACUUUCUCUUGUAUUUGAGAUGCCGAAAUUACUCGCUGCUUAUAGAUCAACCGAAGAAAUGUGCAAAGAAGCCCUUCUUACUAUUGGCGAUAAAGUCCCUCAUUCCACAUUUUGCCAGAAGGCAAGCAAUCCGGGAGUCUUGGGGCCGAGAAACCAACGUAGGGAACCAGACGGUAGUGAGGGUCUUCCUGUUGGGCAAGACACCCCCAGAGGACAACCACCCUGAUCUUUCGGACAUGCUUAAGUUUGAGAGUGACAAGCACCAGGACAUCCUCAUGUGGAACUAUAGAGACACAUUCUUCAACCUGUCCCUGAAGGAAGUGCUGUUUCUCAGGUGGGUGAGCACUUCCUGUCCAGACGCAGAGUUUGUCUUCAAGGGCGAUGAUGAUGUGUUUGUGAACACCCAUCACAUCCUUAAUUACUUGAAUAGCUUAUCCAAGAGCAAAGCCAAAGACUUGUUCAUAGGUGACGUGAUCCACAACGCUGGGCCUCAUCGGGAUAAGAAACUGAAGUACUACAUCCCAGAAGUCUUCUACACCGGGGUCUACCCACCGUAUGCCGGGGGCGGUGGAUUCCUGUACUCCGGCCCCCUUGCCCUGAGGCUGUACAAUGUAACUAACCGGGUCCAUCUCUACCCUAUUGAUGAUGUUUAUACUGGAAUGUGCCUUCAGAAACUGGGCCUUGUUCCAGAGAAACACAAAGGCUUCAGGACAUUUGAUAUUGAAGAGAAAAAUAAGAAAAAUAUUUGUUCCUAUAUAGACCUAAUGUUAGUCCAUAGCAGAAAACCUCAAGAGAUGAUUGAUAUCUGGUCUCAGUUGCAAAGUCCUAAUUUAAAAUGCUGAAAUAGACAUGAGCUGCAUUUCACAGAAAGGCCUAGCCUGACUAGUUCCCAUGGUGUGCUCUCACAAUAGGUGAGUUCUGUGUGAGGCUAUUAGCCUUCAUGAGCAGGUAGCCCCUGGGCUCCCAAGCCCUCAGUCCCUCCCUUGCCUUGUGAAGAGGGAAGGCUGAAGACAGCUCAGCAUGGCAGGGUGAAUGAAUGGUUAUGACCCUUCCUCUGGCUGCCGGUCCUCAGUUUCUAAUUUGUUUUCUCUCUCCUCCACAAUUAUAUGUGUGUGUGUGUGUGUGUGUGUGUGUGUGUGUAUGUAUGUGUAUAUAUAUAUGUAGGACACAACCUGGUGGUUUUGUGAAAUGGAAUUCUAUGUAUUUUCAUAAGAUUUUGAAAGUUGUCUAGAAAGUAAACUGAUGUCAACCUUCCCUGUCACCCAGCAGUAUUGUCCUUGUUACUAGAAACCGUUACUUCCUUUAUGCAAGGAAAGCCACGCAGUGCGUGCAGUUCAUCUUGUCAGGGCUUAUGGCCGUGAGGACAGAGGGGAUUUUCUUUUACUUGUGUUUGGUUUCCUGGGUGGCAUCAUGGUAGUUAACCUAAUUGUAGUAUUUGAAGAUCAUGAGUGUGAUUCCCUAAUGGCCAACUGAAGACUGAGUAGCCCGACAGCCAUGUGGAUCUGUGAGUGUUCAGAGUGAGACUGGGAAGCAUUCGCGACUUCUGAACUUUGAACGUGAUUAGUCAGUUAAAACCCCAAGAUUCUAUUCUUGCCAUAUUAUCACGUAUUCCUUAGAUAAAAUUCUGGGUAGUGACACUUCCCUGUCUCAGUGUAGAAGUGCCUGUGCUUUUAUUUAUUGUUCAGAUCAAACACCAAAACAUUUUCUUAAAAAAUAUUUUGUGUAAUAUUUUAUUUGUAUACAGUGUUUGUGAAAUAUUUAACUAGAGCAUGAUAUUUUAUUUUUUCUCAUUUUUUAAUUCUUUGAGAAUUUCAUACAAUGUGUUUUGAUUGUAUUCACCUCCCCAUCUCCUCCCGGAUCCAGCAUGAUGUUUUAAAUGUUAAGCUGUAACAUGUUAGAUAAAGUUAACUCUCAUUUUUGAAUUUUAAAAUUUGGAUUGGGGGGGGUAUGAACUGCUAGAGAAAAUAAAGUUCUGCCAAAAUAUUGCAUAUACUAAUAUCUUGUAACAUGCUUUCUUGAAAUAUUUUUGUGCUUUAGAGGGUUCUCACCUGUGCUACAGGGGACUGGGAAAAAGUGGAAAUAAAGUGAUUGUAUUUUUUAAUCAUCA